AUUAAUGUCUGUCAAACGGAUAAAAUCAAAUUAUCUUUGAUAAAUUUUUUUGUGAAAGAAAAAAAGCAACAAAAAAGAACUAGAUGUAUAAAAGGUAAAUGAAAAAACCUGACAUGUUCACUGUUACUAAGAAGACCAAUGAUAAAGAAGGGAUCAACUUGGUGUUUAUUUAUUUACUAUUAAUAUAAUUUUAUUGAAUAGUUAUUCAUUUGUAAACAGUCGAAUAAUACUGUCUCUUUAAAAGUGUAAAUGACAUUGAUAAUUAAUUGGAUUACAUAUAAUUUGGAUAAAAUUAUAAAUGAAAGCAUUAUGUUAUUAUAUUGAACGGAUCAUAAAAGAUGAAUGAAACAAUAGAUUACAAUACAUUUACUUGAUAAAUAUUGUUUAUUAACAAUAAAGCAUAAUAUUUGAUGGUAUUUUCAACUGUAUAUACAUUAUUUGAAGAAUAUGAAUGCAACUGAUUGAUGAGGUACAUUUCAAUUGUAUAUGAUAGAUAGUGAAUUCAUCAAAGUAUGAUUUUAUUUAUAUGUGAAGAAUAUGUGUUAAAAUUGCUUCAAACUUGUUUGUUCUUCACUUGGUAUAUUACAACAAUCAAUCAUCAUUAUAAUUUACAAAAGGAAAUAAUGCUAUACAAAACCAUAGAAAUUAUACCUUAUUGGAUAUUUCAUUUGCCAUUGUUACAUGGAAGUCGUCAUCAGCAGAAUUCCACUAAUAAAUUACGAAAUUAUAGUCAAUAUCAAUACCAACAACAAUCAAGUAGUUAUCAAGUUAACAACCCAUAUAAAAAUACAGAACAACAAAGGUUUAUGAAAUUUGGACAUUCACCGACAACAUCAAAAAUGAUAGCACGACAUGUCUUACUAAACGAUGAUUCAGCUGCUACUAUCACAAGUCAACCACAUGCUAAGUAUGCUGCAUUUGAAUCGUCUAACAAAGAUCUUUCGAAUGUUUAUCAUCAUUCUAAAAACUUAUCUAUUUAUUAUUUACCAAAUCAAACAUCCAUGAUGAAAACAAUAAGUGGAUAUGAAGUACAUAGAGAUUGUUAUUUGAAUACAGAUGGUAGACAAGAAAUCCCAUGUAUAUUAAACCCAUAUCCAUUAUAUGAAAUGAUUAGAAAAUUCCCCAAUGUAGAUAUACAUAAAUUAUAUCAUAGUUCUGAAAUAAGUCUAUCUCAACCUUUCAAUCAUAAACAGAAAUUAAUUAAAAUGUUAUUAACUUAUGAAACUGGUGAAAAUGCUUAUCUUCCAUGUCAUACGUUAGGUGCAGAAGACAGUGAGACAAUUAUCUGGGAGAAAGGACAAAAUCCUUUAUUUGUAUCUACAGUUAGUUUCAUGCAAGAUUCUAGAUUUCGUUUAAAUAUUAGUGAUGAAAAUUAUUUCAACAAUGAAACUAAUCGUUUUAAUAUGAAAACAAAAUAUUUCAAAGAAUACAAUGAAAAAUCUAUAUUAACAGGAAAUAAGUUAUCUUAUCAAAAUUAUUUAGAUAAAUAUAACAUUCAAAAUAAUUGGAAACGUCGUCGAUGGGAUUUAAUUAUUGACUUUGUAACACCAACCGAUUCAGAUAUUUAUACAUGUAUGCUUAUGGGAAGAACAUCACAAAUGAUUAGUUACCAUGUAAUUGUAAACGAAUCAGCCUCUAGAAUCAAUUACAGUCGAAAAAGAUUAAUUACAAUAUCAUCUCCAACCUUCAUUACCAUUGGAUCUGCAUUUAAUCUCACCUGUUCGGUGUAUGUUACGAAAGAUAAAUCAGUUAAUAUAGCAAUAGAUUGGUUCCGACCAACUUAUUUAAUUGAAACAUCUUCAAGUCGACCUACGAUAUUAGUUAAUCCACAAGUCCUAAACAACAUUUUAUCUAUGCAAUCAGAUUUAAACUCACACAAUUCAAAGUACAGUAAUAUCAGUAAUAUAGUUGGUGAACUUGCUUAUUCAUUUCAACAAAUCACCAGCAGAUCAUCAGUCGGGAUAACCAUUUAUAAACAAGUUACCGGUGAAUUAAAUUAUAACUAUCGUAGUGAAGUACUUCUUACUGUACAGUCAGCCAGAGAAAAUGAUGGUGGUAUUUAUGAAUGUAGAGUUUAUGAAGCAGCAAAUUAUGGGCAAGAAAAAAUCAUAGACAGAGCAUUUUUAGAUAUUAUCAUACGCAAAAGAUAUCCUCACAAUUCAUUUGAGCAAAUCGAAGUAAAUACAAAACUUAGAAAACUUUUAUCAAUAUUUUGGAAAUUAAAUCCUUCUCAGAAAAAUUAUGAUAAUUUACACGAUCAACAUGCACAAAAUGAUGUGGCAUCCAGAGUUCGAGCGAAAUAUGGGACACAGAAUAUAAGUCAAGAGAAAGAUCAUGAACUUAAAUCAAUGGAUAUUAUCAAUAAAUUUUUCUCUAAAGAAAAUGAAGUGAAAUUCAAUUUAUUAGAAACACAAAAUCCUCGUAUGAGGGCUCGAACUAUAAAAAAUUCCAACUCAUACUUAUGUGUUUCUCAGAUAUUUUUAUAUUUUUCAAUCAUUUUGCAAAUAAUUUUGGCGGUAAAAUAAAGUGUUUUUUUAAAAUUAGUUAUAACUAAUUAUAAAACAAUAAAGUAAAUAAAACAAACUACCAACAACAACAAAAAAUACAAACACCCCUUUGAAAUUUUUGUCCAUUGAAUCAUGCUUUAAAAAAAGAGCAAUUAACCUAAUAAAACACAUAAGUAAACAGAACCUUCUAAUAUGUAUCUGUAUUCU